AUGCGGGGCGGCGGCCGCGAUAAGUGUCCCAUGGACACCCCGAUGCGGCGGGAAUCGCCGCGCCGUGAUCUGGAGGCUCCGCCGAACCCCCCGCCGAACCCGCUGCCGCCUCCGCCGCUUCACCCAGCGCCGGUUAAACAGCGAGAUGAGAAAAAAACGGCUCUGAGCAAAGUAGUUAUUCGACGACUUCCUCCUUGUCUAACUAAGGAGCAACUGGAGGAACAGCUACAUCCUCUACCUGCUCAUGAUUAUUUUGAGUUUUGCACUGCUGAUCCCAGCCUUUAUCCUCAUCUCUACUCAAGAGCAUACAUUAACUUUAGAAAUCCUGAGGACAUCCUUCUUUUUAGAGACCGCUUUGAUGGCUAUGUCUUCAUUGAUAAUAAAGGUUUGGAGUAUCCUGCAGUGGUUGAAUUUGCCCCAUUCCAGAAGAUUUCAAAGAAGAAGCUGAAGAAGAAAGAUGCCAAAGCAGGGAGCAUUGAAGAUGAUCCAGAAUAUAGGAAAUUUUUAGAGAGUUAUUGUGCUGAUGAAGAGAAAAUCUGUGCCAAUCCUGAGAUUCUUUUGGGAGAGAUUGAGGCCAAAACAAGGGAACUCAUUGCUAGAAGAACAACACCCCUUUUGGAAUAUAUUAAAAAUAGAAAAUUAGAAAAGCAGAGAAUACGAGAAGAAAAAAGAGAAGAGCGAAGGCGGCGAGAGUUGGAGAAGAAACGGCUGCGGGAGGAAGAGAAAAGGAAGCGCAGAGAGGAGGAGAGACGUAAGAGAAAGGAAGUAGAGAAGCAAAAGAAGAUUUCUGAAAAAGAAAUAAGGAUCAAGCUUCUUAAGAAGCCUGAAAAAGGAGAUGAGCUGGCCAGUGAAAAGCACAAAGAAAAUGUUGAAGAAGCUGACAUAGAAGAAAACAAAUGGGAUAAAUCACCUGGAUCUGGGAGUAUAAGAUCCAAAUCACUGGAGAGUUCAGUAAAAGAACAUAAGGAAAAGUCACAAAAUGAUAGUGACAAAGAGCAAAGAGAGAUGGAGAGAAGAUUUCAAGAAAAAGAGCCUGAAAGACAAAGGUAUCGAUUGGAUGAUGGCAGAAAGCAUAGAGCUCACUAUGAGUUUGACAAGUUUGUGAGAAGGAAUGAAGAAGAGCUGAAAUGGGGGAAAGGAUACAACCAAGACAGAGGAAAGAAAGGGAACUACAACUACAGCUUCACUGUGGAGGCAGUAGACAAACUGGGUAAAGAGGACAAGUGUGAUGACAUGGCAUCCAAAAAGGAGCGCAUAAGAAAUAAGGAUCGCCCAGCCAUGCAGUUAUACCAGCCAGGAGCUCGCAUCCGAACAUAUAUGGGAUCUACAAGCAAAAUGUAUGACUCGAAUGGGAAAUCCUUUGAAGAUGUUCUUGACAAAAAGUAUGAGGCAGAUAAUUCAGCUGGAGGUGGUUCUGAGAAGAGCGAAGAAGCAGAAUAAAACAAACUGGAAGAAAGACUUGUGGAAAGGGUUGAACUUAGUUCAGUGUCAUCACGAAAAAAAUCCUCGGGUUGUUCCAGAACUCCACGGGCAAUUGCACCAACAAAACUACUACAGCUCUGCCUCUUAC